AGCGAGUCGCUGGGUACGCUGGGAGAGUACAGGCAGCGACUGGCAGGUAGUUGUAUGUAGUAUGUAUGCGUACUCAACAAACUAAGCACGCUAUUCUAUGGUCAUUGCGGUGGUCUUGCUUGAGGACGUGUAGUGCGAGCGUGUGGACAUGUGUGUUCAUUCUCCCGUGGCUUUGUUGUGAAAAGGCUGCCACUUUUUCUGAGGUGCGCCGCUUGCUGAAACGCUCAGUAUGUCACUUGAACAAACAGCUUGUGAGGAUCUCAAAGCCUUCGAACGGCGGCUAACGGAGGUGAUCGGUUACCUGAACCCUCAGACGAAGCGUUGGAGAAUUAUUCUCUUCAUAAGCUCGAUCUGCACGGCGAUAGGUGCUUGGCAGUGGUUGAUGGACCCGGUCACAUCACAGGCCACAUUUGUGCAGUCGUUGAUGAACCACAUGUUCUUCACCAUCAGCAGCAUCAUCUUAGUCAUCCUGUUUUUGAUGGGCAUUCAUAAAAGGGUGGUCACUCCAUCCAUCAUUGUUUCAAGGGUGCGAAAUGUUCUGUCUGACUUCAACAUGUCCUGUGAUGAUGGUGGGAGGCUGAUUCUACGUCCAAGACCAACAACAUCAUGAUGAAGGAGUGACUCUGUCCUUAAUGGGGCAGAUCUCAAGGCUGUGGUCAUACUUAGACCUUAAAUGACUCUCGUCCUAUUUCCGUGAAAUUUCUUCAUUAAAUGUCUCCACAGUUCUUUAACUCCAGCUCAAGAGCAUUCUUAUAAACGCACGUGCACCAGUAUGGGAUACAGCAGCAAUUUUGACUGGAUGGACACUGCCAACUGUUGUGCUCAUUUCUGCAAGCAAUUUGUUGAGCUCUGACUGAACUUCACAAAAUGUCCUUCAUGAAUUCAACUAUAGUGCUGCAACUGCUGUGACUGAGUGUUAAAUGUUGCUUACUGUGCUUUCUCUCCCACUCCUUUUCUUUUUUGUUAAUAGUCUGUGUUAAUGACACUCUUGUUGGCUCCUUUUUUCAUAGUACUAUAUUGUCUACACCUCCACUGUCCUGUGCCUUUUAUUGUCAUUUUAUUUUUGACUUGCUGUCAAAUGUGUAUGCUAAGGUCUCGUACGUGUGAGAAUAUUCUGUUAAAUUAAAACCUCAUUGUUCUCACUUGAAUUUUUACUUUUGUACCAUGGGAAUGAUUCUUUCUGAGUGCUUUUAGCAGAUUUGUUGAGAAAGUUAGAAAAGCGUAUGAAGCUAUGGGAAUUGUUAUAGAUUAAUAAAGUGCUAUAGGCACCUUUCGUCUCAUGGUGUAAACAAUUACUAUUUCCAAAAGCUACAUACAGUGUACAGAAAUAUUUAUGAGCUAGUAUUGGAACAGUAACCAACAUCUGGUUUGUUUCGUAAUAUUGCACCACAUGUUCAUUUUUAUUCAAGGUUAGUAGAAAAAUAGGCAGCCUGUCUUGUCUCGUAAGCUAGAUAACAUAAAAUGUUUUGCAGGAGACAGCUUACCAUAUUUACAUCACUACUUGCUGACCCUUCCCGUGUAUUUGCAUAUUAUGAAUAGAAUUGCCACUGUGGGAAAGCAAAACAAUUUUUUAUGCUUUUAUCACAUGUUUAUUGCUGUAAUGAUUAUGCCACAUGCUUUAUAGACCUGUGUUCCUCAGAACACGUUUUCUGGGGAAAGUCCCUAUGUAGAAUACACUUUCCUGGCAAGUAAACAUCUGCUGUGAAAUCUUCAUUUACUAUUUUCUCUUGCCUUUUUUGACAACCAGCAUCAGUAAUGCCAAGUCUUUAAUAUACCUUUUAUUACUCAGAAAUAGGGAACUACAAUAAUGGUGAAAGUGUUCAGGCCUGUGGCAUGGGCAUUAUGGGUGCGAUCACUUGAUAUCAAUUGAGAGCUUAUCUAUUCUUCAGGAAGAUAUAUCUUUAGCAAUAAGGCAAGCAAGUAGAUCUCCAGCAGAACAGAAUUGCAUUACUCUUUUCUGAAAACUAACAUUUCUUUCGAAUUGCUGACCCUGGUGAUAUGCGUGCAAAGUGCUGCCUGCCACUGCAAGGCAAGCUGCUACCUUAAACUAAAAUCUUGCAUGCCCACAUAUCUGUCAGCAAUGUGCCCUCAAUUAUCUAACUUUUGACCUCGUUCAAGCAUCUUUGCAAAUUUGCAUAGAAGGGUAUUCUGACUUGUGGCAGCUUACAUUGAUGGAUUCUUUGGUGCACAUUUAUUUGCAAUGCUUGGGGUUUUUUUUUUUUUCUU